AUGAAGGAUAUGCGCAGACUUGAGCAAGGCCCAAUGCGAGAGAAGCCGCUCAUUAUUGAAGACAAAGACACCGGAGUUGGCAUCCGCAGCAGUGAUAAUAAGCUAGCGCAAGCUUUAGAUGCUUCUAAGGCGGUUACGUAUUGUGAUACGGGCGAGUUCGGUGACGCGACCGAGUAUGACGGCUCGUUCACGGCGAGCGAUGAUGCGGACGUGAACGAUGUUGCGGACGUGUACGAUGGAGUGGACGUGUACGAUGGAGCGGACGUGACGAGUACGGUGACUCGUUUGACGAAGUUGUUCAUCGUCGGCCAUCCGGAUCUUGUGCGCCAUCAGCACUGGGCGACCAACCCCGGCGUGCAGGGGAGCAAAGACACGUUACAUGGUGGUCAAUACAGGGACGUUGUAUUGAACGAAGAUUGGGAGUAUGGCUACGACCCAACGUAUGGCAAGGACGAAAACGAUCAUGGUGCCGACAAUAACUACGGGAGUGGUGACUCGCUCGAUGCAGCCAUCGGGACAGGCACAGCAGGACACGACGACGCGAACGAGGAGACGUCAGCACGACAACCGGCUCAGCAAACAACGGCGGCGACUGCACAGCAGCCAGUGGUACCAGAUCGGCAACCUGCUCCGGACCCAGCGACAGGCGUAUCCACGGGCAGUGGAGGAGGAACGGCAUAA